ACGUGGCCCUUACGAGACCUAGAGCUGACGCGUGGAUCCGUGUCUCCUCCUAGUUGCAGUCUGGUAGUCGUUUGUGGCUGUGCGCUGUCUCGCUAUUGCCUUGAAGGCAGGCGAGCCUGUAGCCCAGGGAAGAAGGAGGAAGUCGUAGAAGCUGACCCUGAUCCGCGUCAGGUCUUUAGGUCGGUUGGUGCAGCAGAUUUCAAAGCUAAGAGAGGAAGACUGCUUCUGAUCCCUGCAGGAAGAAUAAGCAGGAAAAAAAUCUCAAAAUGGAAAAUAUCCCCCAGGAAAGCAAAGGAGACGAGCAGGCUCUGGUGCAGAAUGAAAACGAAGCUCACCCUUUGGGAGGUGGUGAAGACCAGGAGCCUGGAGGAAAUAUUAGAGCGGGCUGGGCCCCACCUGCCCAUGAUGUUAGAGAGGAUAUGCCCAAUAGGCUUGUCAAUAACCUUGACAUGAUAGAUGGAGAUGCAGAUGAUAUGGAACGGUUCAUGGAGGAGAUGAGAGAGCUAAGGAGGAAAAUUAGGGAGCUUCAGUUGAGGUACAGUUUACGUAUUCUUAUAGGUGAUCCCCCUCACCAUGACCAUCAUGAUGAGUUUUGCCUUAUGCCUUGAAUGCCGAGGUUAAUAAUAAUAAACCCCCUGCUUCCCAAAGUUGAAUUUUCUUGAUGUACCUUUUGCUGUGAACAUGUGGUGUUCUGUCAUUUUUCUGAUUGAAAAUUUCAUUUUGACUUUGGAAGUUUUUCUGUUAGCAGGGGAGUUUCAUCAACUUGCAUGGAAAGAUGUUUAUUACAUACUGUGAAGGUAAUAAAGCAGUUUAAAAAGCA